AUGUCGGCAGUGAAUGAUGGACAGUAUAUUUAUCACUUUGUAAAACAACAUUUAUUGAAUGACACUUUAACCAAUGGCAGUACAGUAUCAACUGAAAAUAGGAGUAUGGAAAUUGAAAGUUGUCAGGUGGGAAACAAAUCAUUAAAUUCCUUGGAAUCUAAAGCCCAAAGUGAGGCUACAACGAUAAACCAGUAUUCCGAAAUGAUAAGUUCGGGAAUUUCCGUCGUGAUAAUGAUCGUAUUAGGACCAAUGACUGAUAGAAUUGGUAGAAAAUUCUUACUUGUAUGGAAUGUAUCAAUGUUGCUCAUAGGCAUGAGUGUCAGAACAUAUGUAGUUUACAACAGCUUGGAUGUGUAUCUGGUCCUGGUAUCGUCUGUAUUCAAUGGUCUCUCGGGGACACACUAUACAUAUGACCUUGCUUCGUCUGGCAUAAUGGCAGACACUACUUCAAAGGAUAAACAAAGAUCAUUCGUGAUGAUUCUUUAUACUUCAGCAAAUGGCAUUGGUUUCUUUAUAGCACAGAUUAUAACGGGUUAUUCCAUUCAUUAUUUUGGAUACAUACCACAGUAUUUCAUGUGUGCUGGUAUUCUUUUGAUUCUCGAUUUAUCUAUAGUGGUAUUUCUGCAAGAACAAAGGCCUAAACCAGCCAAACAUAACGUUAAGGUUUGUUCUGUUUCACUGAAAUCUCAAAUCUGGUCGAUGAUAACCGACGCAGACAUAGGAAAUAGGAAACACAUUUUCUCGUGGCUGUUUGUUUUUAUCCUACUAAAACUAGCAGGAACUGCAUACUCACCAAUUAGUAAUCUUUAUAAGUUAGGUUGGCCGUUUUGUUGGAGUUCAGAACGUAUAGGGUGGUAUGGAGCAGGUUUAUCGAUUGCUGAGUGCAUCUUUGCACCAUUGAUCAUAGCUAUAUUACAGCGUUGUACACCUGAUGAAAUAAUACUACAAGUCUGUAAUUUGUCAUCUAUAGUCAGUUAUAUGGCAUAUGGUCUUGCAAUGCAUAGCUGGAUGCUCUAUACAGUUAUUGGAAUUGGAGUAAUAGGUGACAGUGGAGAAACAAUGAUAAACGCAAUACUAUCAAGAAAAGUCAGUCCUGAUAAACAAGGUGUACUAUUUUCCAAUAUGGCAGUAUUAGAUUCAGCAGUUAGAGUAAUUGGUGUAGCUGCAUUUUCUGACAUAUAUAAACAAACAAGACCCAUAUUUAAAGGCUUGGUGUUUCUAGUAAUGGGUGGACUAGUAUUACUAUCUUCAUUAAUGGCACUAUUCUUUACCUGUAUCUAUGGAUGUGAUCCAGCACAGAAAUUAUGGCAAAAACACAAAAUUGACGUAGAAAUAAAAAACGAAAAUAAAAACGUGGUUAACUCUUAA